UCUGGGCCCCUACUCCCCGUUAUUGUCAAUUCCCUCUCCAAAACAACGUUGGCACACAAAGCUCCAAGUUUUUGUGUAGGAUUGUAGUUAUAAUUGAUCAUAUAUAUACAUACACACACAUUUACAUAUGCUUAAGUAGAUGCAAUAUCUGUGCAAGUUCUGUCUCUUACCAAUCAUUUCAUUUGGUUAGAAAUGGGUUUAAAUCAACAGUUGGAAGAUGACAACGCAGUAUCUGAACUGAAAAACGACGGUUUGAUAGAGAAGAAACUGGAGCUGAUUGUGAUCCGAACGGUCCGACAACUUAUUGGGCCAAUUCUGGAGCCUUUGAUUCGUAAAGUUGUUAAAGAGGAAAUUGAAUCAGCACAAGAAACCAUUUUGACUAGCUUGAAGCGGAAUGAGAUACAUCCUUCUGAGUCGAAAAUCUUACAGCUAUGCUUCUUAGACAAACUCUCUCUUCCAGUACUGACUGGAAUCCGAAUUCAAGGAGAAAAAGGCACCUCCAUCAAAGUUGCUUUAGUUGAUGGUUUUACAAAGGAAAUUAUUAACUGUGGUCCUGAAGCCUCGGCAAAGGUGGAAAUAGUUGUUAUUGAAGGAGAUUUUGAUGACGAUGAAGGACAUGAUUGGACAAUUGAAGAGUUCAACCAAAAGAUUAUUAGAGAAAGAAAAGGGAAAAAAUCUCUUCUUAUUGGAAAUCCAUAUCUGAAUAUGAAAGAAGGAAUUGGUACUUUAGGUGGGAUUUCUUUUACACAUAAUUCAAUAUGGAUGAAGAAUGGUGAAUUCAGGCUUGCGGCUAGAGUGGAGGAUAAUUUCGGUGGGACUAGAGUAAGAGAAGCAAUAUCAGAACCCUUCGUUCUCAAAGAUCGCCGCAGUUCACUGUACGGGAAGCACGAUACUCCAUCACUUCUUGAUGAAGUGUGGAGAUUAAAGAAGAUUCGCAAAGAUGGCCCUUUCCAUAAGCUUUUAAGCAAGGAAAACAUUACCACAGUGAAGGAUUUUCUGACUCUGUUCUUUAUAAACCGUCAAAGGCUCUAUGAUAUCCUUGUUGCAGGGACUAAGAAUGCAGGGACUAAGAUGGUGGAGAUCAUGAUAGAUCAUGCUCGGACAUGUAAACUUGACGAAACGGUGCACUUGUACCGUUCCAGUUCUCAACAAGAAAUUGGGUUGGUUUUCAAUGUUGUGGGACAGUUGAUGGGGCUACUCUUGGAAUGCGAGUAUAUUCCUAUUGAUAUGCUUUCUGAAACUGAAAAGGCUAAUGCCCACAAGUUGGUUGUUCCUGCAUUUGAACACCGGGAGGAUUUUGUCUCUUAUGAAAAUAUUACUUCUCUCAUCCAUGCCUGUUCUGAAACUCAUCCCUCAAACUCACCCAGACUGGAGAAUCCUUGUGGCCAUAACUCUGGGACUUGUCACAUGAUCAAUGGAAACGGCUAUAUACAGCCAAGUACCUCAUCUCUGGAUGAUUGUGGCUGCACUAUUGACGAUGCGAAUUUUACCCUUAUUGAAGAAGAUGAUAUGAAUUUAAUAGUUGAUCCGGACUUUGAUCUAUUAUCCAUGAUUCAGGAUGUUGAUGUGAACGAGGGUUUGUUGUUUCUCAAUAAUGAUCAUAACCCUCAACCUGAGAACCUGGCUGUGGAAUUACCUGCUGCCGAACAAAGAGCUACGAGUGGUUCCCAAAUAAGAUGGCUAAAGCUGUUCAGCGUGCUGCAAUGGGUCAAAAUCAGAAGCAUUGUUAGAAGCAAUCAUAGCAAUCAUGUCCAGAAAAAGCAGAGAUGCUGUUGAUGGGCUAUGCAGUAAAUGAUGUGUAAACUUCAGUUACAUAUAUAGUACUUGUAGUUGCUGCCUGAUGAAGAUUGUGUGCAGAUGUGCAAUGAGACAAGUUGGCUAAUUUUUUUAAUUUACAUGCAGCAUGUAGUUUAUGAAUAGCGAACAGCCUCGCUGGUCACUAUAGAUGACAAAGUGCUAAUUCUCUGAUGUAUGACAUCGAGUCCAUUUCUCAAACCUUCUGUGAGGAUGAGCAAUAUUUCAAUGCUGAUUGUGCCCUUCAAUCCCAGAAUUCAAGUUUGAAGUUGCAGGUCGGUCUACAAAGUGCUGUUAAUAAAUUUCUAUUGGCUCGUUCUAUUGGACAAUGUUAUUCAGUAUGCUGAGAUAGUGAGAUGGUUCUCCGUUUAGAGGGUUGUGGCAAAAAACAGACCAUGUUAGAGAAAUUCAGAGAUGCUAUUAAUGGGCUAUCCAAAAAUAUAUUCCAAUCACAAAUGCAAUGCAGCACUGGUAAGGUCUGCCUGAUUGAAUAUCGUGUGAAGUUGUUGUGUGAGCAGAAGUUUGAGCUUUUGCUAUGCAAGUACAUCUGGUAGUUCAUAUGAUGGCCUUCCUGUUACUGGAUUACAGUAGAUUGUAAAUGUUUAGAUUCUUUGCCGAAUUUGUGGAUUUGGUAGCCAAGGCUCAAAUAUGAAGCUGUAAAAGCUGUCUGCAUUAAGUUCAGUAGUGACUUGGGAUGUUUUAGAUGAGGGGACCGGUUUCCCUCUAGCCACUGCAAAAUGCAGGUUGUAGCCUUGUAGGUUAAGGUUGGCAUAAGCACCUCCAAAGAUUUUCCACUAGAUCUUACUCUGGCCUCUUCAGAUGAGCAGAUUUUGGAAAAUGUUGUCUUGAGAAGUCUGUUAGAAACCCAAAAAUUGGUGCCAACCUAAGGUUGAAGCUACUGUGAUGUUUUGCUUAUAUUUACUCAUGUAUCUUUUCAUAGGAUUCAAGACACUUAUUAGUGGCUCUAAAUCAAGCUUUGGGGACUCAAAUCAA